AUGCAGUCUUCGCUCCCUUCAGCUCGGACUUCGACAUCUCCGAGGCCCAGCUCGCAUUCAGUCCAAGGAAAGCGAAAGCGCAAGACCCUCUCAUGCUAUGAAUGUAGACGGCGAAAACUGAAAUGUGAUCGCGAGGAGCCUUCGUGUAGCCGCUGUAGAAAAGCCGGACAGCCAGAUUUAUGCUCCUAUGUUUACGAUGCUUCAUUGCUCUCCACAAACCGACAGUCUUCGAAUACGCCAGGCUUGCUUCCGCCGUCAUCUUCUCUCUCCCAGCAGCUUCAUCCUUCUCCGCGCGGUAUCCCCUCGCGGAACCACGUUUCAACACCGCGAGUAGCCCCCCAAUUCCUUGAUAUCAGCGGCAAGGAAUAUGCACCGUCCACUUUACAGGCAGUCCAAAACCAAGGAACUUGGCAAUUACUGGGAAAUCUUUCCCUUGCCACCAACGGUGCAGAAGCUAGGCCUGCUAUCAGCGGUGACACGACAGAUGUCGCUGCGGGCGCCCAGGAGUCGAUCCCGAAAGAAACUGUGAUUUUUCGCGGAGAAAAUUUCCGAACUCAAUAUUACGGCGGCAGCAAUGCAACCAGCUCUAUUGCUCAUUUUCCAGAACUUCGCUCAUUUAUGAAAGAGACCAUUCACAGUCAGACGGGUUUACCCCGUGUUCAGCGAGAAUUAAAGUCACUACAAGUCAAAUGGAAAGGUAUCAGAGUCGAUGAUGCAUGGUUCCUGACCCAUGAUGAAUUGCUUCAAUUACUCCCUGACCGAGAGACUGCAGACCGACAUGUCAAUCUGUACUUCGACACUGUUGAAAUUACCUAUAGAAUACUACACUAUCAGAGCUUCCAGGAACAGUACGAGCUGUUAUGGCAAGACCCAAAGCAGGUCAACUCCGCAGUUGUGAUCAUCCUUCUACUCGUCAUGGCGUCUGUUGACGUCCUGUUUUCGCAUGAACAGCCAAGAUAUAUUGGUGAUAGUUCCGUGUCUAGGGAGCGCGCAACCUUCUGGAUCGAGGUGUCUGAGAAAUGGCUGGUGCGCCAAAGCUACAAGCACGCGUAUCUCGCAAUCUGGCAAAUCCGCUGUCUAAUUGUAUUCGCCAAGCAGAUCAAUGUCGUGAAGAAAAAGCGCAUCUGGACGGAAGCUGGAACACUAUUAAGGGAGGCUAUGUCUGCCGGUUUUCAUCGUGAUCCUAGUGUGCUAGGAGAGAAGGUUUCUUUCUUUGACCAGGAAAUGCGCAGGAGACUGUGGGCUACCAUUAUAGAAAUGGAACUACAGAUCUCAAUCGACCGGGGAAUGCCCUCUGCUUCCGCUGGUAUUCCUUCGGACACGGCUACUGUACUCAAUGUUCAUGACGAAGAAUUGGAAAAGAACAGACAGUUCGCUUUUGGUGCGGUCGUGACCGGGAUUAUUGGUUACUUCAUCAGCUUGUUUGACACAGACGACGCUGGCUUUUUGCUGGGACGUUGGAUCUACAUUGAAGUCCUCGCUGGUCUCUCAGUUAUUCUAGGACUUGUCUUUGUACUCCCAGCAUUUCUCUCAUUCUUCAUUUGGCCUAUUGAUGUGGUAAUUGCUUUGGCAUGGUUUGCGGCUUUUGGACUUCUUUUUGAUGCCCUUGACGGAGUUGUUUGCGGUGGCUUUGACGGCCUGAGUCCCGUGGAUGGAGGGAACUGUUCCAUUUGGGAAGCCGCCGAGGCAUUUACCUUUCUGUCCGCAUUCACCUGGUUGGUCACAGGUUUCUUUGGUCUCUAUCUGGUAUGGCGUGCCGAUGGACAUGGCGCGAACCGCUGGCAUCAAACCUACGACGUCUAA